AUGAACGAAGAGGACCAAAUAGAUAUCGACAGCCAGCCUGGCGAUGCUGUGGUGGAGGAGACAGAAACAAAAAAGAAGCAGAGGUUUGAGGUGAAAAAAUGGACGGCUGUGGCGUUCUGGUCGUGGGACAUUGUGGUUGAAACAUGUGCCAUUUGCAGAAACCAUUUGAUGGAGCCAUGCAUUGAGUGCCAGCCAAACAGCAUCAACAAUUCUUCCGAGCAGUGCAUUGCCGCCUGGGGCGUGUGCAACCACGCGUUCCACAUGCACUGUAUCCAGAGGUGGCUCAAGUCGAGGCCAGUGUGUCCGUUGGACAACAAGGACUGGACGUACCAAAAGUUUGGUACGUGA